AUGGCGACCACGUCGAACAUGUUCUUGUACUCGCUGACGGUUCAGCCUCCGACAAACGUCACGCAAGCGGUCCUGGGCCAGUUCGCAGGCACCAGAGAACAGCUUAUUAUCACUGCUGCUGGCUCGCAGCUCUCUCUACUACGACCCGAUCCAUCCCAGGGAAAGGUAAUCACCCUCCUAUCACAUGAUGUCUUUGGCAUCAUCCGUUCCCUCGCCGCUUUUCGGUUGGCUGGUAGCAAUAAGGACUACUUGAUCAUUGCGUCCGACUCUGGUCGUAUCACAAUCAUUGAGUACCUCCCUGCACAGAACCGCUUUCACCGUUUACAUCUCGAAACUUUUGGCAAAUCCGGUGUACGGAGAGUCAUCCCUGGCGAGUAUCUAGCCUGCGACCCUAAAGGUAGAGCAUGCUUGAUCGCUUCAACUGAGAAGAACAAGCUUGUCUAUGUUCUCAACCGUAACUCACAAGCCGAGCUCACAAUCUCGUCACCGCUUGAGGCCCACAAGCCAGGCGUCCUGGUCAUCUCUAUGGUUGCGCUUGAUGUUGGCUACUCGAACCCGGUAUUUGCCGCGCUCGAGAUUGACUACUCCGAGAUUGAUCAAGACUCGACCGGCCAGGCAAUGGAAGAGUUGGACACCCAACUGGUCUAUUACGAGCUUGAUUUAGGACUCAAUCACGUUGUGCGCAAGUGGUCAGACCCUGUUGACCCAACAGCCUCAAUUCUGUUCCAGGUCCCUGGUGGAAAUGAUGGACCCAGUGGUGUGCUCGUGUGCGGUGAAGAAAAUAUCACAUAUCGACACUCAAAUCAGGAAGCAUUCCGUGUUGCCAUCCCUCGUCGACGCGGUGCCACUGAGGAUCCGAACCGCAAGCGCACGAUCGUGUCUGGUAUCAUGCACAAGCUGAAAGGCAGUGCAGGUGCGUUUUUCUUCCUCCUUCAAACAGAUGACGGCGAUCUCUUCAAACUCUCGAUCGAUAUGAUUGAGGAUGAGGAAGGCAAUCCCACUGGAGAAGUCAAAAGACUCAAGAUCAAGUAUUUUGACACUGUUCCGGUCGCCUCAAGUCUCUGCAUCUUGAAGAGCGGUUUCCUCUACGUUGCUUCUCAGUUUGGUAAUUACUCAUUCUACCAAUUUGAAAAGCUCGGUGAUGACGACGAGGAACUAGAGUUUUAUAGUGAUGACUUCCCAGCGGAUCCCAGGGCUGCUUACGAACCAGUUUACUUUCACCCUCGGCCAACUGAAAACUUGGCCCUGGUAGAGAGCAUCCCUGCCAUGAACCCCCUCCUAGAUUGCAAGGUCGCAAAUCUCACUGGAGAAGACGCACCUCAAAUCUACACCAUUUGUGGCAAUGGCCCCCGAAGUAGCUUCAGGAUGAUCAAGCAUGGCUUGGAAGUCAACGAGAUUGUUGCCUCUGAAUUGCCUGGAAUUCCUUCUGCUGUUUGGACGCUGAAACUGAAUCGUGCAGAACAGUACGAUGCCUACAUCGUACUGUCAUUUACCAACGGUACGCUAGUUCUCAGUAUUGGCGAGACUGUUGAGGAAGUUAGUGACUCCGGUUUUCUCACAAGUGUUCCAACGCUGGCGGCCCAGCUCCUAGGUGACGAUGGACUGAUCCAGGUUCAUCCCAAGGGCAUUCGACAUGUGCGUAAUGGUCAUGUCAAUGAGUGGGCCGCCCCACAACAUCGCUCCAUUGUUGCUGCUACAGCCAAUGCUCAUCAGGUCGCUGUCGCUCUCAGCUCUGGCGAGAUAGUUUAUUUUGAGAUGGAUGCGGACGGCUCACUGGCUGAGUAUGAUGAAAAGAAGGAGAUGUUCGGUACCGUUACUUGCCUAAGUCUGGGUGACGUCCCCGAGGGACGAUUAAGAAGUUCGUUCUUAGCCGUCGGUUGUGACGAUUGCACUGUCCGCAUACUCAGCCUGGAUCCAGAGUCGACUUUGGAAAACAAGUCAGUUCAGGCUCUUACCGCCGCGCCAACAUCGCUGGCAAUUAUUGCAAUGGAUGACUCGUCGUCAGGCGGUUCUACCCUCUAUCUCCACAUCGGUCUACACUCCGGUGUCUAUCUCAGGACAGUUCUUGACGAAGUCACUGGUGAGUUGACAGACACGCGCCAAAAGUUCCUCGGUCCCAAAGAAGUCCGACUUUUCCAAGUCACAGUUCAAGGCAAGACGUGCGUGCUUGGUCUAAGCUCCAGGCCUUGGCUUGGUUACGCAGACCCGAUCACAAAAGGUUUUGUAGUGACGCCCCUAAACUAUGUCGACCUUGAGUGGGGUUGGAACUUCAGCAGUGAGCAGUGCGAAGAAGGCAUUGUUGGUAUACAAGUUGCAUAUGAUGAGAAAACGGGAUCCUAUGCUUUAAGCAAUGAGGCCUAUUACGCAUUUUUUCCAAUUGUUCCUACUGAAGCAACACAUUCCUACCAUGUUCUUGUGGCAUCGCAAAUCGAGGCAUGCGCUAACGAUGGCAGAAUUUUUAAUAUCGAUCGGCUUGGCGAUACACUCAUCCAGAAAUCAAUUCCUCUAACUUAUACCCCGAAGAAACUCGUAAAGCACCCUGACCAGCCUCUCUUCUACACUAUCGAGGCAGACAACAACACUUUACCGCCUGAGUUACGUGCACAACUUUUGGCAGACCCUAAAAUCGUCAACGGUGAUUCUAGAGUGCUCCCACCUGAAGAUUUUGGCUAUCCCAAAGGUACACGUCGAUGGGCAUCUUGCAUCAAUGUGAUAGAUCCGCUUUCCGAGGAAGGACAGGUUGUGCAAACUAUUGAUCUGGAGAACAAUGAAGCGGCAGUCAGUGCAGCAAUCGUGUCUUUUUCAAGCCAAGAUAACGAGAGCUUUUUAGUGGUUGGUACCGGCAAAGACAUGGUGGUCAAUCCUCGCAGCUACAGCGAAGGAUAUCUACACAUUUAUCGAUUUCAAGAUGGGGGGCGAGAACUUGAGUUCAUUCACAAAACCAAGAUUGAAGAACCACCUCUAGCUCUUUUGGCUUUUCAAGGAAGAGUGGCUGUUGCAGUUGGAACACAGCUGCGUAUAUAUGAUCUCGGCAUGAGACAGAUGCUCCGCAAAUCUCAGGCUGAAGUCGCAGCGCAGCAGAUCGUUUCGCUGAACACCCAAGGCAGUCGAAUUAUUGUUGGUGAUGUCCAACAGGGCGUAACCUACGUGGUAUACAAACCUGCAUCGAACAAACUCAUUCCAUUCGUUGAUGAUACCAUCGCAAGGUGGACCACAUGCACAACCAUGGUAGAUUACGAGUCGGUGGCAGGGGGCGAUAAGUUCGGAAAUAUGUUCAUUGUCCGCUGCCCUGAGAAGGCUAGUGAAGAGGCUGACGAGGAGCAAACGGGCUUGCAUCUUAUUAAUGCGCGAGAAUAUCUUCACGGCACACCCCACAGAGUGAGUCUGAUGUGCCAUUUCUAUACACAGGAUAUACCAACCAGUAUCACCAAAACGAGUCUGGUAGUUGGUGGGCAGGAAAUUUUACUAUGGAGCGGUAUCAUGGGCACUAUCGGAGUUUUCAUACCAUUUGUCAGCCGUGAAGAUGCGGACUUCUUCCAGAACCUCGAACAACACCUAAGGACUGAGGACCCCCCGCUCGCCGGACGAGAUCAUCUUAUGUAUCGCGGCUAUUAUGCUCCUGUCAAGGGUGUCAUUGAUGGCGAUCUAUGCGAGCGGUACAACCUCUUGCCCAACGACAAGAAGCUUGUGAUUGCCGGCGAAUUGGACCGAUCGGUCCGAGAGAUAGAACGGAAAAUUUCUGAUAUUCGUACACGGUCUGCAUUCUGA